AUGUCUGAGGGUGGAAAAUUAAUUCUAGUUGGCACUGGAGUUCGAUCUCUUUGUCAGUUAACUCUAGAAGCCAUUGAUGAAAUUGAGCGGGCGGACGUUAUCUACUACGCAGUACGCGAUGCUACAACGGAAGGAUUUAUCAAGAAAAGGAAUAAAGAAGCCAUUGAUCUGUAUCAGUAUUUCAUCAAUGACGAGGAAAUACCGGAAGCAGAUAUCUAUAUCCAAAUUGCCGAGGUCAUGUUAGCAGCUACAAGAAAAGGGCGACGAGUUGUUGGCGCAUUUUUUGGACACCCUGGGCUGUUCAUGAGUCCUAACAGGCGGGCUUUGGCAAUAGCCCAAGCCGAAGGAUAUACGGCAAAAAUUCUGCCUGGAGUUUCUGUCGACGACUGCCUCCUUGCCGAUCUUGGCGUUGAUCCUUCAUUCAUUGGUUGCCUGACGUGUGAGGCUCGCGACUUCAUGAUUCACGAUCACCUUGGAUUAACAUCACGACAUGUCAUUAUGUAUGAAGUUGGCUACCUUGGAUUCUAUGGAGAUGAUAGCAAGACCGACUAUUUUGAAUAUUUUGUCAACAGACUUGAAGAGAUAUACGGGAAUGAACAUUCGCUCGUAAAUUAUACAGCAGCCAUUUCACCAUUAAUGCAGCCAGUUAUAAAUACUCUUACGAUAGGAGAUCUUCGCAAGCCAGAAGUUCGAAAGCAAAUUACAUCCGCCUCAACAUUAUACUUCCCACCAAAAGAAAUACUCAAGCUGAACAAAUUCGGGUGUGAUCUAUUAGAUCAGGGGAUAACAAACAAAGAGCAAUUCCAGCACGCCAUAUUUCCUGGGCAGCCGCUGUACCAACUCAUCGGCAAAGCUUUACCGCAUGAAGCGUACUCUGAGCACGCCCAGCAAGUGAUUGCUGGUUUGCAUAGGCGAAAGAUAUCACCUCGCUACCCUCUUUACCGUGCUUCUGCUGCGAUGCAAUCAACCAUGGAAGAUAUAUAUCUCAAAAACGAAGUUCGGAAGGAGUAUCUUAUUUCACCAACCUCAUUUACCUUGCGUGUGGUACCGGGCCUUAAGGAAAUGGAGAAGAUUGCUUUAGCUUCUGGGAAUUACAGCCAAAUUGAUGGUGCCAUGAAAAGCGGAGAUCUUGAUCAGGCAAUUACAAAGUAA